CCUGACUUAUGCACCCGUAGACUGAAGACAACAGUUUUAGCUCGUGGUAUACAUCCAAUAGUCAAACCCACCAAUUAUUAGUACCCAUAUUCAUGUAGCUAGCGGCAAACUACGAACAGGACAAUGCAGCUGUUUUCUAUAUAUACAUUGUGCAUGCAUCAUGCAUGUAGGCCACACCGUCGAUCAAAACCAUUUUAAGAUCCUUCCUUGAGCACGAAAACGUUGCAUGCACCUCUGGAAUGAGUGUCAAGCUUUGGUGAGAUUUGAAACUGCGGAUUUAUCCACAUGAAUGUGGCUUUAGUUAUCACAGCACAAUGGGAUAGAGAUGUGUUAUGCCGGAAGUAGCGGUGGAACGGCCCCAUUGGACUGUCGCUGCAUCGCACGAUCAAGAAACCUGUCCUCCGAUGUCAGGCCACUUAAGGAUCAGGAGUAAGUUGUACCGGGCCCAGCCUGAGCUGCCAGAUUGGUGUACCAGUAUGCGAGAUCUAAGUGCAGGUGCCGCAGUCUGCACUGCGGAGAAUGCUCGACCUUUUUGUCUAGGGCGCAAACAUUAUCGGACUGUUCAUUUUCUGGCCACUUUUGCGCUCUCCCUGACAGCCAGUGUUCAGAGCCACGAUUAUCAGAUUGUUCGCUCCGAUCCAUAUUGUUUGUUUACGACAAACGAUAGACGGCUAUCGAUAACAGAUGCGUCUGUCAACGAUCGUCUCCAGUCGAUUGUCUUAAGAUCAGCCACAACAUUGUGGUGAGAACAGUGAGAGUACGAAUUCGUAGAUAGACUUUCCGAAUGCACCAACUGUCU